AUGACCGACGCGGCGUCAUCAACGACAUCAGCAGAAUCAACAACGAUGCAAGCAGCAAACGAGCUGAAGCCGGCUGUUGCCCUGGAGGCUAACACCAAAAUCAGCGAAAUCACGCUGCUGCCAUUUGCUUUCGCCAAACGCUUUGGCAUUGUCAUCACCGGCACCACACUGCCAGGCCACAAAGCUGACGUCGCCUGCAAAGCUCAACCUGCACUCACGACGCUGGCAGAAGUGCGCCGCACAGCGGGCAAAGAGCUGACCGUACGUAUGGUUGGUGCCGAAGAGUUCGAGCAGCUGUUGUCGGAUACCUAUUCCCGUGAUUCGUCAGAAGCGCGCCAGAUGGUGGAAGAUCUCGGCGACGAAAUGGAUCUGGCCAGUCUGGCUAAUUCGGUACCGGAAACCGAAGACCUGCUGGAACAGGAGGACGAUGCGCCGAUCAUCCGCCUGAUCAACGCACUUCUGGCGGAGGCUAUCCGGGAAGGGGCUUCCGACGUACAUAUCGAAACUUUCGAAAAAGAACUGUGUGUCCGUUUUCGGGUUGAUGGUGUGAUGCGUGAAGUUGUGAAACCCAAACGCGAGUUAGCGCCAUUGCUGGUGUCACGUAUCAAAGUGAUGGCGCGGCUGGAUAUUGCUGAAAAACGCAUUCCUCAAGACGGACGUAUUUCGCUGCGUAUCGGUGGCCGCGAGGUAGAUGUACGUGUCAGCACCAUGCCCGCCAGUUCAGGCGAGAGGGUGGUUUUACGUCUGCUUGAUAAACAAGCGGGCAGACUUCGACUCGAAAAUCUGGGGAUGGCUGCCGAACAGCUGAAGAUCCUUCAGUCGGUGGUGCACAAGCCGCACGGAAUUUUCCUCGUCACCGGCCCGACCGGUUCCGGUAAAACAACCACACUGUAUGCGUCGCUUGCCGAGCUGUCGGCUCAGACUAUUAACAUACUGACUGUGGAAGACCCCAUUGAAUAUAACCUGGCAGGCAUUGGUCAAACCCAGGUCAACACCAAAGCGGAUAUGACUUUUGCACGAGGCUUACGUGCCAUCCUGAGACAGGAUCCUGACGUUGUGAUGGUGGGUGAGAUCCGCGAUCUGGAGACUGCUGAAAUCGCCAUUCAGGCGAGCUUGACCGGUCAUCUGGUCAUGUCGACCUUACACACCAAUACCGCCAUCGGAGCGGUGACCCGGAUGAUGGACAUGGGCGUAGAGCCGUUCCUGUUAUCAUCCAGUCUGGUUGGCGUUCUGGCCCAGCGUCUGGUGCGCACUUUGUGUGAAGACUGCCGUGUCCAACGUGCUGCAACCACAGCUGAACUACAGUUUCUCGGCGAACCUCGCGCAGUUCUAUAUGAAUCGACAGGAUGUGAAGCCUGCAGCCAUUCAGGCUAUCGAGGUCGCACCGGUAUUUACGAACUGGUGGUUGUGGACGAUACCAUCCGCCAGUUGAUUCACGACCAGGUCAGCGAACAGGAAUUGACGGGGUACGCACGCCGCACCGCACCAGGCAUUCGUGAGGACGGCAAAGCAAAAGUGUUAGCUGGUAUCACCACGGUGCAGGAAGUACUGCGCGUCACGUUGGAAGACUGUGUAAUGGAGGCCGACAGCGCCCGCCAGUUGCGCCAGAUGUUACGCGACAAAGGUCUGAUGCCCCUUGAGGUUGCCCCGGCAACAGAACGACAUAAACGCCAGACCAACAGCAUGGGGUGGAAUUUUUCCCGCCGCAUGUCAGCGCUUGAUCGCGUUUUAUUCACGCGCCAGCUGGCCACCUUGAUUGCUUCAAGCCUGCCGAUAGAAGAGGCACUCAGCGCGGUUGCUCAGCAGACAGAAAAACAGCACGUCAGCGCCCUGAUUCUGGGUAUUCGCAGCAAAGUUUUAGAAGGCCACUCUCUGGCCAGCAGCCUGCGCGAAUAUACCAACAGUUUUUCUCAGCUGUAUUGCUCAUCUGUUGCGGCUGGCGAACAGUCCGGCUACCUGGACCGGGUACUGGAAAACCUUGCGGACUAUCUGGAACGCCAAUUCGAGUCGACCCGCAACGUUGAAAUGGCUCUGUUUUACCCCGUAGCACUUCUGUUUCUGGCUUUUGCAAUUGUUGGCGCGCUGAUGGUGUAUGUGAUUCCGGACAUGAUCAGUGUGAUCGAAGACACCGGCCAGAGCCUGCCCUGGUUCACCGUGCUGCUGAUAGCCAUGACCGACACCCUGCGCGACUACUGGUGGGCUCUAUUAGGUGGUGUAGCCAUUAUUGUCCUGGUAAUCCGCUGGGCGUUAUCACAACCCAGCAUCCGCAUAAGCUGGGACCAUAAGAAAUUUUCCCUGCCGCUGCUCGGGCGCAUUGCCCGCAGCGCCAACGCAGCGCGUUACGCAAACACGUUAUCCAUCCUGACCAGUGCCGGUGUGCCGUUGGUAGAAGCCAUGAACAUUGCCAGUGAAGUGGUGUCCAACACCUGGCUGCGCCGCCGUCUUGCAGAGGCCACACAGACUGUCAGCGAGGGCAUGAGCUUGAGGGUUGCCCUCGAACAGGUGGGACAAUUCCCGCCAAUGCUGCUGCAUAUGGUGGGCAGCGGUGAACAGAGUGGCGAGCUGGAUGCAAUGUUAGGGCGCGUGGCCACUUAUCAACAAGCUGAGGUCGAGCGAAUUGUGUCCACUGUGGUGAAAUUGUUUGAGCCCCUGAUGUUACUCAUCAUGGGUAAAACCCGAGGUUUUACGCUGAUUGAGAUCCUUGUGGUCGUUGUCAUUCUGGGGAUUCUGGGCGCGGUUGUUGUGCCGCAAAUUCUCGGCAGACCUGACGUGGCCAGAGUACAGGCUGCACAAACCGAUAUUCGCUCACUGUCUAACGCGCUGGACGUCUACCGGCUCGACAAUUUCCAGUACCCCUCAUCCGAGCAGGGCCUGGAAGCCCUGGUUGAAAAACCCAGCGGAUUUCCUGAGCCGAAAAACUACAACCCGGAAGGCUACGUCAAGAAACUGCCGACUGAUCCAUGGGGUUCACCGUAUAUCUACGAACGCGGUGACAAUGGCUUUGCGUUAUACAGCCUCGGCGCUGACGGUCAGGAAGGUGGCGAAGGAUUAAACGCCGACAUCCGACUGGCGGAUAUCUAA